AUGUACGAUCGGCAAGAUUUCAUUGCCGUGCCGCCUCUGUCCAGCAGCCUUACUUUGGGCAUGUCGCCUGCCAAGACGGCCGUCACCGUGCCCUUUGCCCACAAGACAGCCAGUUUCGGGGUUUCGAACGUUCUGGAUCUCGGCUCUGGUAAGGGCUAUCUGGCCCGAAUUCUCGCCAACGGGUUUGGUCUAAAGGUGUGCUGUGUCGACCACAACAAGGACCGGAUCAAAUCCAGUCUGCGCAUUCACAGCCUCAUACAACAGGAACAGGUGUUGCAGACCAGUCUGGGGCCCUCUGGCAACUUGCACGCCGUCGCAGCUCCCAUUGAGGAAUGGGAGAACUUCAUCGAUGAGGCUACGAGCUUUUUCAGACGCAAGACCAGGCUCGGCGAGAAAGAGUUGGACGUCGCCGUGGUGGGCCUCCAGCUGUGUGGUGACAUGGUGUACAGAGUUAUAGACCUGGUCUCAGGUUGCAACCGGGCGGGGAUUCGGCUCUGCGCGUUUUUGGUGAGCCCCUGCUGCUUGCACAAAGUUGUUUCGCUGAGGUCCAAAGCGUUCCGGGCCAGUGAGGUUUGCGUAGAGAACAUAUACAAAGAUAUCCAGGAAUAUCUGGUGGAAAGGGGAUUUCGAAAUGUGCAUUUAGGCUAUCUGAACAUAGGCUACUACUACAUCGAGGCCACAAGAUAG